GUCUGGGCUCCAGUUACAUAAGAUAAUAUGGCGGCCCGAUUGAAUCGUAUAUCGUGUAGUACUCGAAGUUUGUGUUCUUAUUCCAGGGCAAGGAGAGCGAGAAGAGAGCCAGCAAACGAUGUCAUUGAUCGAAUCAUUCGCGUGGACCAUGCCGGUGAAUUAGGAGCGGAUCGAAUAUACGCAGGACAAAUGGCAGUCCUUGGCAAAUCCAAUAUCGGCCCAUUGAUCAAGGAGAUGCAGGAACAAGAAAAACUACACCUUCAAACUUUUGAGAGCAUGAUCCAUGAGCGGCGUGUUCGACCGACACUUCUUACUCCUCUAUGGAACUCAGCUGGAUUUUUACUUGGUGCUGGUACGGCUAUGCUUGGUAAGGAAGCUGCCAUGGCCUGCACAGAAGCAAUCGAAGAAGUCAUUGGAGAACAUUAUGACAGUCAACUAAGAGAACUAUUAUCAGAAGAAGGAGCAAUGGAGAAACACAAGGAUCUGCUACAGACUCUUCAACAAUUUAGGGAUGAGGAGCUGCAGCACCUUGAGACAGGACUCGAAAAUGGAGCAGAGCAGGCACCGAUGUACAAGACUCUGAAGAAUGUAAUACAAACCGGAUGUAGAGCAGCAAUAUGGGUCGCCGAAAGAGUAUGACGCUAUAACUGUCAGGUUGAUAUAUAGAUAUAAAGAAGGUUGGACUCCCUGACAAAAAGGCACAUCGUCGUAUCCCUUAGGUAUAAAUUGACCUUUUCCUCAGGCUUUUUAUAGGUCAGCUAGCUCAAGGGUGUCUCGAGCUGGUUGUGAUAAAAAAAAUUGAUACGCUAACAUACUCUCAUUUUUUCCAUAGCUCAAAAUAGGUGACAAAUAAAGUCUAGAAAAAAUACGUCAAAAGCUCGAGAUCAAAUUUCAUCCCAACUUUUGCUAAAUACAGUCUACACUUGCUAUGACGGACACCUUUGGGGUAGUAAUUUACACCUUUUUUAAUCCUUUAACCUUUAAUUAGGAUAAUUGCCCCUAGCAAGCUAAUCCGGCAAUGAGCGGUCGACGACCAAGGACCAACGGAUAAAAAAAAAAAAAAAAAAAAAAAAAAAAAAAAAAGUUGACUACAACAACAGAAUAAAUAAAUAAAUAAUAAUAAAUAAUACAUAAAUAACAAUACAAUCAAGUAAUAAUAAUGAUACACAAAAAACACAUUAAAAACAAUAAAUAAAGCAUACGAUCAUUGCAGGAUUAGCUCGCUAGGCAAGGCCGCACGAAAUUGUGUUACAGUUGAUAUAUUGUUAAAGCAUGAUUGAGACAGUGAGUUCCAAACUGGAACAGAUCUUACAUAGAACGAAAACUUGUAACAAUUUACUGCUGGUGUUGGAUGGUCAAACUGGAAACAAUGACGGGCACUAGCCCUAGUAGCAUAAUUAAAGUGUCUCAGCUUAAUGUCAGUGGGAAAGUCAAUGUUUACGUGAUGAAAAUUAACAUUGUAAAAUAAAGAAAUAUCAUUUACCACUCUA